AUGCGUCGUCCGGGAACGCUGCCCGCGUCGAGCGGUCAUCAUUAUCGCUCCAGUGGAGGAAGCAACGGGGGUGCUGGAGGAGGAGGGGCAAGCGGAGGCGGAAGUGGUGGACCAGGUGGAAUGUCAGUGGAGGAGAGCUCAUCGUCCUUGAACGGUACCACCGGUGAUGAUCGUGGAAACGUCGCCGGAAGCGGUUCUACCGUUCCUGGUGCUUCCGGCAGUGGUAAUAACGGUGGUGGUAGUAGUACUGGCAGCACUGGUAGAUCGCAUUAUUCCAAUCUCUCGUUGCGUCGUACGCCUCAGCCGCCUCAGCUGCCGUCAAGGGGUAACGAUUGCAUCGAUAGGAUGCACAGCGAGUCGAGGAUUCAGAACGGAAUACCCGGACACCAUCCACCCCCACCUCUACCCUCGAGGCACCAAUCCACUUGCUCCCAAUCCUCUUAUCCGACGCUACCCGUUAACGGACACGGAGCUCAUCACUAUCAUCACUAUCCCCGUGAGCGAGACAAGGAUAGAUCCUCGACACGCGAGAGGAAUCGCGAGAGGGAUGGAGGUGGCCUAGGAGGAGGAGUUCGUGCCGACAAACAUCGUGAGGCACAACUCGAGAUGGAACUUCACGAUGGUCUCGAUAUCGCCGGUAUAGGAACCUAUCGAGCGUAA